AUGACGUCUGGCCUGACAAACCCGGCCCUCAACGGCCCGGCCUUUGAGCGCAUCCCGGCGUGGAAGCUGCGGCCCAUUGCCAUUGAAAAGAUCCAGGCCGUGUACGACUUUGUCGAGACCGAGUGCAUCCCGCGGGAGCGCAUCAUGAAGGACCAGCUCGAGCACAAGCGCUGGGCCACACCGCCGCUGAUGCACGAGCUGCGCGAAAAGGCAAAGCAGCGCGGCCUCUUCAACCUCUUCCUCCCCAACCACUUCCCCGAGAGCCCCGGGCUCACCAACCUCGAGUACGCCUGCUGCGCGGAGAUCAUGGGCCGCGUCUACUGGGCACCCCAGACCAUGAACUGCCAUGCCCCCGAGACAGGCAACAUCGAGCUGCUCGCAAAGUACUGCACCCCGGAGCAGAAGGAGAAGUGGCUCAAGCCCCUCAUGGAGGGGACCGCUUCGUCCGCCUACUCCAUGACGGAGCCGGACCGCGCCUCGUCCGACGCGACCCAGAUCGCCAUCGACAUGAAGAUCGAGGGCGACGAGGUCGUCAUCAACGGCCGCAAGCUGUACGGCAACUGCCUCUGGAACAAGGAGCUAAGCUUCUACAUCCUCAUGGGCUGCUCGGACCCGGCCAACCCGGUGAAAUGGAACCGCCACACCACCGUCAUCGUUCCCUGCGACACACCCGGCAUCACCCAGGUUCGCAACCUCACCAUCAUGGGCUACGACUGGGCCCCCGAGGGCCACGGCGAGUACCUCUACGAAAACGUGCGCGUGCCCAAGGAAAACAUCAUCCUCGACGCCGGCAGGGCGUUCGAGAUCGCGCAGGGCCGCUUGGGCCCGGGCAGAAUCCACCACUGCAUGCGACUCAUCGGCCAGUGCGAGCGGGCGUACGAGCUCGCGCUGAUCCGGUGCAACGACCCGCGCAAGAAGCCCCGCGGCAAGCUCAUCGGCGAGUUCGACUCCAACAUUGAGCGCGUCGCCCAGAUGCGUCUCGAGAUCGACAUGCUGCGCCUCGUCGUGCUCAACGCUGCCGACACCAUGGACCUCUACGGCAACAAGGCCGGCCGCAGGGUCAUUGCCCAGAGCAAGAUCAUCGUGCCCAACGUCGUGUGCAAGAUCAUCGACGAGUGCAUGCAGAUCUGGGGCGGGCAGGGGCUUACGCAGCACACGCCGCUGCCGGAGCUAUGGACGUACUCGCGCUUCGUCAGGGUCGCGGACGGGCCCGAUGCUGCGCACCGGCAUCAGGUCGGGCGGGAGGAGAUGAAGACGGCGAAGCGAUUCAUCAAACAGUAUGAGCAGUACGAUCGGGCGUACAAGAAGUUUGCCGAGGAGGCGGGGGUCAAGUACCAAGACUACAGCUGA